AUGAAAUCAGAACCUCGUCGAAAUGCAAGCUCAAGCCACUGUCGCGAUGUUGGAGCGCAUAUACAGUCAAGGUCCCAUGUUGGCUUGGGAGAACGGUUGAAAGAAGCUUGGAAAAGCGCUCUGCCUAAUAAAGGGAAAGGAAAGCCUAUCUAUCUCGUAUUGACGAGCAAGAAGUGCCUCCUGGAGACCGUUGGUACUGUCCACAUCCAAAUUGCGGGCUAUGGAUCCACCCACGAAAUUUGA